CCACAGGGGCACUGUCAUGGAGGUGGACCCCCGCCUGGCCCAGGGCACUGCCAUGGAGGUGGGCCCCCGCUGGCCCAGGGCACUGCCAUGGAGGUGGGCCCCCGCCUGGCCCAGGGCACUGCCAUGGAGGUGGGCCCCCGCCUGGCCCAGGGCACUGCCAUGGAGGUGGGCCCCCGCCUGGCCCAGGGCACUGCCAUGGAGGUGGGCCCCCGCCUGGCCCAGGGCACUGCCAUGGUGGUCCCCCCCCAGGGCACCAUGGACACCCCCAUGGUCCACAUCACUGAGGAAGCAGAAGAAAGAAGACACAAGACUGGGGAGACUGUGGCAUGGGGCCUGAACCAGAGUCUUCUCUUCCUAAUAAAUAGCCUCCUGGAGGCCAUGUUCUACUCUUAA